AUGUCCGCAUUCUCAGAGCAGCAACAGCCAUCUUCUUCUCAAUUUAUACCCCCGGAGUCAGCCCAGCCGUAUCGGUCACUAUUUGGAGGCCCAAGCAGCGAUUUCAGCUUACCUCCAUCUUCUCUGCCGGAACCAGCCCGCAAGUCCAUCUUUGGCGGCCCAGCUCAAGAUGUUGCUACAGAGCCAGAGACAGAAGCUGAAUUCUUGGGCAGGGAGCUCAGUGACGAUGAAGAAGAUGAACUUGGAAUGAUCAUGAGCGAAAGGCCCUUGGCUGUCGACUAUGGUUCCGACGGGGAGAGCUUUCAAGGCAGUGACGAGGAGGCAAACUUUGCAAAAAAGCCAAAGAGUCGCCCGAUUAGCUAUGUCCUUGAUCGCGGCCUCGACUUGCCACCUGGCGUUGAUCGCCCAAAUCGAUGGACGGGAAAUCCAACUACAUACCGGAAACUCAUUUCAGACGCCCUGGCUAGCUACGAAGGGCUGACAACGGCUCAAUCAAGGGAUCUUGCGGCACAUCUCUAUAAUUCAUACAUGGUUCGUCUCGAAAGUAAAGAUAACACACAAGGAUUCGAGGAAGAUGGAGACGAAAAAACGACGAUUUCGAAACGAUGGGGUGCUUGGCCUUUGCCACCAUCCCGGGUCCCUCGACCUAAUGACCAUAUGAAGGAAUGGUUGAAUGACCCCGACACCAUUCGAAUGCCACCCGAUCCUCGACCCAGCGCAGAGCUUGAAGAGUCAAUUAUUGCGGUCAUGACGAGGAUCUCCAAGGAGAAUUUCCUGGACCGUGAUUGGGACUAUGAUGGAAUCAAAACCAACAAGCCGAAAAGAUCGAUCGACCCAGACGCCACGAUGGACAAGGAGGAUGAGGAAGAUGAGGAUGAUCAGAAAGAUCUAGAUCCAUAUGCAGAUCCGUCAUUCCUUCGACCCGCUCUUCAGACUGAUGACGAUGUGGCCCGGCGACAAUUGCGGCCUCUUGCUCGGAACGUGAUCACACAAGUGGACAGACUUCUCACCUCUCUACAACGCACAAUGGACUAUCGAAUCGACGAGCGUCCCAAUCGAAGUCGUCCAAAACCUCGCAUUGACGGCCAUGCAACCGAAUCCAAGUCCAGAGAAAAGGCUACUGGCAAAAAUGAGUUGCGUGGUCGCAAACGCUCUCGCAGCCAGCGCUCAUCUCCAUCCAGGUCAGAAGGCGAAAGUGUGCGCGAGACAUCUCAGUCUCGAGACCAAUCGCGCAAUUCUCGUGCGUCUGCAAAUGAGGUCAAUGAGGCCAGCGAUGAAGAGGAUGACUGUAGCGACGACGGCAUCCCAUUUAAUGCAAAACUCCCCUUACGAGACUGGAGCGAAGUUAUGGGUCUAGCAUCCAUGAUCGGUCUUCCCCGGGACGCUGUAAUGCGCGCCUCGAAGCGCUGCGCCGACCUAUUCAACCAAGACAUGACAUUCCGCACAUUCCGCGAAGGCCGGAUCGCACCGGCCGGUCGAAAAGAGGACAAAUCAAUAUUUUACGAUUACCACGAGAGCCAGUCCGAAGACGAUGAUUCCGAUCCUCCCGAUCGAAAGCGCAAAAAGGUCUCUCGAAUCAAGUCCAAGUCGCACUCGCGACGCAAUACUUCCAACUCGCGAGAAGCAGGCUCAGUGCCAGUCGAGCCACCUGUCAAUCCGCACACGAUAGUACCAGGAUUUGCUCCAAGUCUUGGUACGACUCCAGAGAGAAGUAGUCCAGAGAGGUCAACGUCGCGCCGACUUAAGGGCAAGGGAGAGCAUCGUAAGGCGGACCUCGUCUGUCCCAUAAAAUCGUGCUCACGGCAUAUCGAGGGCUUCUCGAGGACGUGGAACUUGAAUUUGCAUAUGAAAAGAGUUCAUCCGGGGUAUCAGGAGCGGGAUAGGUCGACGUCCAGGUCUCAAAGUAGGCAGACUGAGGCCCCUGAAGUGAUUGUGAUUGAUUAA